AUGCCCUAUGAGCCCCUUCCCUCAUUCUUCCCGAUCACUCUCAAGGAGGCGGAGGAGGAGGAGGAGGUGGUCGCACCUCCUGCUAUGCCCUAUGUCCCUACCGCGGUCCCCACCCCACCUCCGCCUUCGGUCUACCCUCGUGUGAUUCCCCCUGCCCCGCCUUUUCCCUCCUCACCCCCCUUGGCUUCCCCUCCUCCUCCUGUUAUUCCAUCUCCCCUUCCACCCUCCAUCCCUCCUGCACCUACUCCGCCCUCUUCUUCGUCUUCCACGGCGCCGCCCGUUGGUGAGGGGGGGAUGGAGGUGCCACCGUCUGUGGAGAUCACCGACGGGCAGCGCCUUGAGACUGAGCAGCUGCAGGACGAGAGCAGUAUGGAUGGAGUACAGCAGAGUGGGGGGCAGGAGACAGGGGAGCAGCAGACAGGGGAGCAGAAGAUUGGGGAGCAGCAGACAGGGGAGCCGCAGACAGGGGAGCAGGAGAUGUGGGGAAUUAGAGAUGGUGGUCGUGUGUUGGUUUCUGGGACGACCACUGCACCACUGCGUUGCUCCACUCGCAUAACUCGUGGUGUCCCGUCUGUUCGAUACGCAUGGGCUGUAGUGGUUGAGCCAGCGGGCUUGGAGGUGCCACCGUCUAUGGAGAUCACCGACGGGCAGCGCCUUGAGACUGAGCAGCUGCAGGACGAGAGCAGUAUGGAUGGAGUACAGCAGAGUGGGGGGCAGGAGACAGGGGAGCAGCAGACAGGGGAGCAGAAGAUUGGGGAGCAGCAGACAGGGGAGCUGCAGACAGGGGAGCAGGAGAUGUGGGGAAUUAGAGAUGGUGGUCGUGUGUUGGUUUCUGGGACGACCACUGCACCACUGCGUUGCUCCACUCGCAUCACUCGUGGUGUCCCGCCUGUUCGAUACGCAUGGGCUGUAGUGGUUGAGCCAGCGGGCUUGGAUGACGAGGAGGAGGACGAGGAGUGGACUAACCUGGACCCGGACGGCCUUGCUAUAGUAUGGCAGGGGAGUGUUAGAGGGCCCUACGACAGCAAUGGCCUUCGUUGA